UGCCCUACUUUCAGACAAGAAAAAAAGAGCCACUGAAACCAAAUUAUUCUUGGAACUCGGUAUUUCCUAGGAAUCUCAGCGCCCGCAAGUUGGGAGUCUCUGUCUCUUUUUGUCUCCUCUCAUUCCCUCUCCGACCCACUUCGCAAUUUGCAGUUUUUGUCCCGUUUCGCUUCGGACGUCCGUCUCGUCCGCCCGCGAUCGAUGAUGGGUCUUCUGUAGGAGCGCGAUCUUGAUUCUGGGUCUCGCUCGCCAUGUACGCAGCGGCGCUCUCUGCCUCUCUCGAUCUCGGAACCCCCGGACCCGGCGUCCUCCCGCGCGGCCCGUCGCGGGACUCGCUCUGGUCCUCCUCGUUCGCCCGCUCCCGGACGGUUCCCGCCGCGUUCGGUACCGUGGCGGGUCGCUCGAGCUUGGGUCGUGCGGUUCCAAGGAGGAUUUCGGCUCUCGGCGCGGUUGGCCAAGAUGGGUACGCGUUGAAGGAGGAGCUCGACGACUCGCCCGUGUCGGUCGAGUUGGAGCCGAUUGGCAGCGAGAGCCAGUUCGAUCGGGUCGUGGCCGAGGCCCAACAGCUCGAGGAAUCGGUUAUUGUGGUCUGGAUGGCAAGCUGGUGCAGAAAAUGCAUAUAUCUGAAGCCAAAAUUGGAAAAGUUGGCUGCUGAUUACUAUCCAAGAUUGCGCUUUUACUGUGUUGAUGUCAACAAAGUUCCGCACAAGCUGGUUGCUCGAGCAGGUGUCACCAAGAUGCCGACUAUACAGCAGCUGUGGAAGGAUAGCAAGAAGCAAGCUGAAGUGAUUGGUGGCCACAAAGCAUACCUAGUCGUCAAUGAAGUUCGUGAAAUGAUUGAAAAUGAGUGUAGUACAGCAUGAAGUACAAAAAAGAGGUGAUUAAUUGUCAAGGACGUCGUGCCCCUGAUGUAUGAUGAUGAUGUGCCAUGUGUAGAAGAGGAUUGGCUAGGAAAGAGAUUUGACAGAGGAAGUGCUGAAGCUGAGAUAGAUUUUUAUUCAUUGGUUUGAUUUCUCAGAGUAUGGUUCAUGUGUGGCUGGUUCUAUGUUGUUGUUCAGUCUUUCCACCUCCUUGCCUUUGCCAUCUUCACUUUGAUAAAUUGGCUUUUCCCAGUAAUCAUCAAAUUAGUUCAUUGAGUACAUCAGAGAUGGAGAUGAGACUUGUCGCUAGAGAUCUCAGCCGUCCUACUCCUUUGGCUAGUAAUAUUGAGGCAAGUUCAUUAGCCAAAGAUAAAUGUUUGAUACCAUGGGAGUCCUAAGGCAGUGUCGAGUUUUUCAAAUCCUAUCGAUCGCAACUUGAUA